AUGUCAUCGAAAUCUAUAAAAAGGACAAACCUACCCCCAAUAAAUCUCAUAUUCAAAUACCUACAACAGCAAUCUUUAGUGACGGUGUGGUUAUACGAGCAGAACGAGUAUCGAAUCCAAGGCAAAAUACAAGGAUUUGACGAAUUUAUGAAUCUAGUUAUUGAUGAAGCCGAGGAGCUAUCACAGGGCAAAAGAACCAGCUUAGGACGAUUACUUCUCAAGGGGGAUAGCAUUACUUUGAUUUCAAGUUUAGACGUAUAG